AGGGAUGUGAUGUGAACAUCAUUGCCAUACCGGUAAUUGCUAUAUAGAGGUGGCACAUUUGUGCUGUUGUGGUGCAGAGUGAGAUGGAAAAAAUAACUUUGAAAUCUAAGAUAAAGGAUUCCCCUUUCUCUUAUGAUUUCCAGUGAGCAGUAGGCUUCUGUAUUCCCAAGGGGAGGCUUAUAUACUGCUGGAAAAGAAAAAAGAAAAGAAAAAAGACUGUAAUUGAGAGGCAGUGAUGCGGAGUUAAAGAAAAGAGGGAGCAGUCAACUCUUCUCCCCUCCCCCCUCUUCCUGUGCUUCGUCAACUUCUAUUCUCCCUAUUUCAAUGUUUGACGUCACACAAAAGAAGACCAAUCAGAGCUCUCUGACUUCCCUGUUUUUCUUCCCUGGCUCCUCCCCUUCCCAUAUAUAUCCCCCGCCACUACAUUCAGCAGAGUGUAGGCUACAAUGUACUGCCAGAGAGCCAGCCGCGUACAGCGAAACAGCAAGAGAGGGAGGGAAAGCAGGGCAAAGUGCCAGAGCUGAUUGCGAACGUGAUCCAGGAGGCCAACGCUGCAACCUGGCUUUAGGAUUCAUCAGCUCACACCAUCAGGAUGGGCUGUACAACGGGCCACCUGGCUUGCCAAACCCAGCCCCAGACCAACGCGGGGCAGGAGGCUCAGUCCCUGGAGGCUGGUGGUGCUAAAGUCCCUGAUGUGCUUUCCUCUCUGGAGCGUCUGUCCCAGGCCACUGGAGGCAUGGAGAAGUCCUGGUACCGCUGCAUCUUUCCCUUUGGAAUCAUCUCUUUGGUGAUCGGCGUCGCAGGAACUGGGGUGACCUACACCUAUAAUGACCUGCCUCAGACUAAAGUGGUGUCAGUGGUGCUACUUGUCAUGGGUGUUUUGCUGUUGCUGAUGGCCACCACCUGUUGGACUGUCCACAAGAAAAAGAGAAGGAAAAAGAAAGAGGGAGGAUCAUUCACCUCUGAGCAGUGUCCCCUGUGAAGCACAUGGGGAAAACAGUGGUAGGAACUUGAUUGCAGAGACAUACCCCAGGCUGGGAGCUCAAGGGUUGGCUAAAGAAAACGCCACUUCGCCUCCCGGUGCCAAACCCCCCUCUAGUCUUUUUCAAAGAGUUUUGCUCGGCACUUACUGGAGAGAACUUGAGCUGAGGAAUUUUAGAGAGUGGAAGGACAGAUUGACAGGACACUAAGUAUCUGUUUAGUCUGUAAAGUUUGGACCAUUUUGGAUAAGAAAGGAGGUGAACACGGUCUUGCCUCACGCUCUUUUAUCAUCGGACAGCAGGUGUCCAGUGUCAAAACAACCUCUGAGGAGACACACACAAAUAUGUAUUGCACACUACAUGCAUAUUUACACUCACAUAUGCACAAGUAGUCGCAGUGGGAGCUCGCGCAGACACCUAACACGCUAUGCAGAGCUGCUGCCGGAGUCAAUGCUAGUGUCACUAAGCACGUCAGUCACAGCAUUCCUCGUGCCACAGGUGACCCUCCAAGAGGCCAGAAGUGGGCCAAAGACUGCAACCUGACACCCAGCCGAAAGAGCAGCGCACCCACGUCAGCGGCCAGCGUCAUUCACUCGUCCUGUGACACCGCAGCAAUGUGUUGGGGGGCUUUUUUUACGCAAUGGGAGAGUGGAACUUGAGUCCAGCAGGAUCUUACUGGCAUCUGUGUGGACGAUGAGCUGGAGAGGGCAGAGGACCUGCUGGGGAAGUGGAAGGUGUUUGUGUGUGAUCAAAUAAAGAUUAUGGUUAAACGGAAAGACUGUUGGAUCUUGGGCUAAGGAACAAAAUAUUUGCACAGAUAGCCAUGUCCACACCAAGCAAGAGAAACAUUGAGUAAAGCAACAUACCCUGAAAGGCCUUCUGUAGCUUCAGCUACAUAUUACAAAGGAUAGGGGCACUGACUGACUGAUUGCCCUCCUGUCAAUGUGCAAGCAUUUACGCCAAGCUUAGUGUCUUCGUGGGGCACCUCAACCCCACACAGGGCAGGCCAGGAUUAUUGAAGGACACUACCCGAGGGGACAUGCCACUGAAGGGACACUUUGACUGAUCCUGCUCCCCCAGGGCCCCUCCCUCUUGGUGCCUUAAGCAAGCACUCAUGGAAAAAGGCUCUAUCGCAUUCCCCUGUUUCCAUCUGAACCUUUGAGAAUUUUCCCCCUUGUUCUUUCUCUCUCUUUAUCCCAAAAUGACUCCUCCUCCAUCCCAUGUUUCUCCAUCCUACAUCCCCAGUUUAGUUUCUGACUUGAUCCAACUCAUUUCUCCAUUGUCAUAUAGCCCAGGAGGAAGUGUGUACAGCCUUUUAACAUUCAAAUUAAGACACACUUAUACAUAAACGCCAUAGUCCAUUGACAUUUGUCUUUAAUGCUCUGUGCCAAAGAAAGUGUAUUAUUUUCUCUUAGUUGAAAGAAUAUUGUCUGAAAAUAUGGUACAAGGCUGUUCUCUAGUGAAUAAUGAUGUUUGUUCUUUAUGUGACUCUGGGGUUUCCCUUUCAUUGAAUGUUUCUUUUGAACGUUACUACACUCAACUCUGUGAAUAGGUGCUUUCUGUUGGCGCGGGUUUACAGGAUGAGUCAAAUGAUGGCUAUUUAUUCUUGUCUUAAAUAUUCUCUUGUUUCUGUCAGUGAAUGUAACGUGGGAUGGAAAAUGAAAAUCCCAGAAGUAGUAAUUGCAACAUACAGAAUAUAUAGAAAUUGGGUGUAGCCUGUUUCCGUUUGAAGGACUAUGUACAAGCACUCCUUUGCCCUUGAGAACUGUCAUUGAUCACUGUUGUAUUGAUUCUGGUCACCAGAUUAGUGACACUCAUGCUGAGUGAAGUCUGUCUAUGCACCCAGAGGUAGCAGUUAACACACAAUGCCAAAGACUGUCCUGGAGGCCAGCUGCUUCAAUAGACAUGCAAUUGAUCAGUCCUUUCUGACACAUUUUUUUGCGGCUCAGUGUGCCAUUUAGAUGUACUGUUGCAUACUGAUUGUUAGCCAAACUCUGACGGGGAAUAAGGAAGUAAUAUUGGAAGACAAAAGCAGAACAUGGGAAGUCAUUCCUUUCACUUUUAUGUAAGAGUGGGGAGCGAUCCCUGCAGUUGGCUUGAAUUCAGCCAUCCAGAACAGAGCAGCAUUAUUCUUAGGGGAUAUAAAGCAUUACUGACAGCAGUGUAAAUGCCAGGUUAACCCCAGAGACUAAGUCUUCUCUGAUCUGUGUAUGUACUGACAAAAAAUAGGACUAACAGAUCUGUCUGUAUUCGCAAGCACCUGCGUAAUGCACACAUCAGCCCUCAAUCUUUUUCAAGUCAAAGGAAAUGCCCAUAAAAAGUAUUUAUGAGUAUGUUCUUUUUUAGCUCAGUUGAUGGCAGGUAACCAGUAUUUGUUUGUUAGAGAUGUGAAGUGAUUUCCCUUCUGCCUUUUGAAAAAUAAAAGGGAAAGUCUACCUCUCUCUGCUGCUUGGGAAAUACGUUCCUCACCCAGUAGACGGCCAUGCUGUCUGCCAAUGUGGUUUGUCACUCCAGCAAGUGACACUAUAUAACGUUUGUUUGUGUGCCCUCUAUUAUUUGGUGCUGUAUAUAUAACAAUUUUAUAUUUCUACUGUAUAUUUCUACUUAUAUGUACACUUUAAUCGUUGUAUUAAAUAAAUGUUAUGUGAACACA